GGGCAACCCUGGUUCAGUGGGUGUUGUGACAGCGUGAGUGUUGGUAUCACUGAAUUGUCUGCUAUCAUACGGCAUAUGGACAUCGGCUGCAUACAAAUUCUUCCCUGUUUACAUAAUUGUAACAAAAUGAUCACCGUAGAUUGAGCAGAAUGGAACCCCCUUCACCAAGUAAACAGUCCGCCCAAUGUGAAAGUGUAAAACCAAACUCUAGUGAGAACGAAGACAAGGAUGAGAAAAUCGAGGGAAAAGUAAACAAAGAGAAAAAUAAAGACACAGGAAAGGAAGAAAAUAAUAUUGUUAAAGAAUUGAAGAAAACUGAAGGUAUAAACGAAGGUAAGAAAAAAGACAAUGGAAGGCAAGUAAGUGAUAUGGUCGAAGAAUCGAAGAAAACAGCAGAAUUACACGAAGAGCAUAAGAGAGACAAUGGAAAGAAAGAAAGUGAUAGAACCGUGACUUUUAGCGACACUCAGAUAGAGAUAAGUGACACUGAAGACGAAGAUUUGACCUACACGAACGGCACUAAUCCGAGAAUAACGAUAAGUGAGCCCGUGAACAGCCCGAGCGAAGAGAAGAAACCCGCCGAAGAGCCUGCGAGGGCAAGAUGUCCUAUCUACUACGGCAUCAAGAGUUACAUCCACGACUUCUACGAUCCCCCAGACAGGGAAGUGUUCAAGAGUGGAGAAUACAUACAGGAGGACGACUUCCAGUUCCUCGUGGAGCCGGGCAAGCGUCGCUGGCGAGGUUGUUGGCUGAGAGUGGGCCUCUGGGUCGGGGUCAACCUCAUGUUGGUCGGGAUCAUCGCCAUGUUGGUCGGUCACCUGACUGCGCCAAGGGACACUGUGGUACAUCAGCAGGACCAUUACACUGUUCUAGACAGCUGGGCAGUAACCUACAACAACCGACUCAUCAUCUGUCAGCUGGCAGGUCUGAUAGGCUUCACCAGCGGAGGGGUAAUUGUAAUGUUGGUACUCCUAGUCUCCAGCUACCAGCAGGACCAGGCCAGGAGCUACUACGUCAUGGCUGCUACGGUGGUUCCAGAGACGUUCGUCGGCAACCCCAUAGCAGGACCCAAGGAGGGUUGGGGGUCCCAUAGGAUCCCUCUGUCAGGCGUAGUCAGGGGAGUACAGCCGUGCUUCCAGGGCACAAACUAAAGCAUCGCACAUUGGAAACUAUGAAACUUUUGUAAACUGUUUGAAAAUGAUUUACAGGAUAUUUAAUUAUUCAAAAGAGAGCCAAACAUGUUGGUAGAAAAUUUGGUCUAUAGUAGAUUGGAUAUAUACUUCAAUAUCCAAUAGUCGAUGGUUAUAUAUAAAUUAAUCUAAAAAGGCUGAAUUGUGAUUCCAAAGAUAUUGAUUACGGCUGCAUAAUUUAGGAAACAUGUAUCACUGCAGUUGUUUAUCGUUCUGUCAGUCGUCAUGCGAUUUAUUCUAACUGGAUUUGACAAACUUUGAAAUUUUGUACCUUGGAAAAUACGAAAUAAAACUGCUUGAGAAACUUAUAUGAAUUUCUCUAGAGUUAAAUUAUUUUUUAAGGUUACGGUUAAACAAACUUUUCUUACAACUUGAGUCGUAAAAAAAUAAAUAAAACUGCAUUAAAUAUAAUAUGAGUGGGCUAUUACUAUACUAUUUAAAAACAAUAUAAAAUAAACUACUUUAUUAACGGGUGUUAUCUAAAAUAUAUAUCUUGUGUGUAAUAUUUACAACCAUUGGUUAGCAAUCAGAAAAUAAACCAAAAAAUCACAAAUUGAAGAGUAAUUUUCUUUACAAUUAUUAGCGCAAUGGUUUCACUUGAAGGAUUUUAUAUAUUUGUAUGACUACUACUUUUAAGAGUGAUUUUAGUUUAUUGCUUUUGUUGAUGUUUUUGUGACGUAAUUCUAUAAAAAAAAUCUUAAUAAUAUAGACGCAACCUUGACGAAAAAUAAAUAAUAUUUGGAAAUUUUUAUUAUUCGUCAUAGUAUUACAUUUUUUAUCGGAUAAUGUUUCUGCACUUCAGACAAUAUUUGUAUAUACAAUCAACAUUGUUCUUUUACGACUACAAUCAUGAUCAUUGUUUACCGUUUGAAGGUAAUAUAGUAUUAUUUAACAAUUUGUCACUAGACAUUACCAAAGACUUUGUUACGGUGUGAAAAUUGUUGGUACGUUCUUAUUGUUUUUACCUGCCAAUUCGUAUAGAUCUGUUCGGAUAACUAAAGUAUCACCAACAUAUCAAUGUUGAAUGUUUCCUAACAAUAUUUCUUUUAGCUAUGCGUUAUCUGUCGUCUCGUGUACAACGAACAAAUCGUUUGAAUUUGCACUUUCGUAAAUGAUUAUAAUAUUUGAGGCGAGUCGCUUUCUUCUGUAUCUUUGGCUGUAUUUUCCAUCUGCAUUGUUGUUAUCUUGACUGACUUGUUGCUGUUAAAACUGCUGAUGUUGUUAUUAUAAGUGUUAGCUUACUAGUUGUUUUGGCUCAUAGAUGUCAGAUCAAUAUUUAGAUGUUUCCAAUCAUUUGUUAGAUUAGUGUUUCGGAAAAUAAUGACUGAAUGUAACAUUUUUAUGUUUAAAAGUGAUAUAUUUUUGUUCGAUGUAAAUACAAAUUGCCUCUGAGACAAUUCGUCUGUGAUAUUUCAUAAAAAUACUUGAUUACUUUUUUAAUUUUUACCACGAAAUCAAAUCAUAAUAGAACAAAUAAAGCUAACGGAUGUUAUACAUAUAAUUAUUGUGAAAAAAAAGUUUCUAGAAUGAAAUAUAGGAUUCUAUAUUUUUAAUUUUGAAAUAGUCUUACCUUUUUAAUAUACUAUUAAAUUGUUGCAAUAUAUCUGUAUUAAAUUAAUGUUAUAGGUAUUUUCAUAGUUUAGGUUAUAUUUUCAUAAAGAUUAAAUGUGUCACAUUGAAUAUUGUGUGUAUUAAAUAUCUCUCUUUUAUUGUGUCUUACUAUAUAUAAAUUAAUUUAACAUAUUAUCAUAUCUGAUAUAAACUGUAAACUUGAGAUACUAUUAGAUAUAUUAAGGUUAAGUGUUUCAAUUUUUAAUAUUCUUCUUGAAUGUGUGUAGUUAAUAUUAUACUUGUUGGGAAGUUUUGACGUUGGAUUUAUUAAAUGUUGAAUUAAUUAUGUGUAAACGCAAAGGGGCUAACUCGUGUUUCAUGCAUAUUCACGAGGAUUCUUAGUGGAUUAGAAUCCCCACAUUGGUACUGUACGUGGAAAUGUUACUAUUUUUAUAAGAACAAAUUUACGGCACACAAAGUGUAAUUGCUUAUUGUAUACUUCUACUGAAUUAUUAUUUUGUUUUUUGGAUUUCGUGUUGAAAAUGUUAUGUCACGUCUGAAUUUUACAUGUGACGAUAAUGUUUUACCAUACGGAUAAUAUGUUAACAUGCUUACCAGGUCUAUCGUGAUAACACGCUGUUUUAAUAAUUUAUUAGCCAGACAAAGAUAAAUAGAAUAUGUUCAAGUAUAAAUUAAAUUGUAUGUUUUUAAAAUCAUAAGUGAGGUUAUAAAAUUUAGUGUAAACUCAAACAAACAAUAAUAUCUAGAGUUUAGUAUUUUCUGUAACCUAAACAGUAAAUCGUUUAAACUGUUGUUAAAAGCUCUAUAAUGGAGUUUUAAACACUCAUCAGAUUAAUAUUGGAUUACAUAGACUUGUCAGUAGACAUAUAGCUCGAAUAUAUAUAUUCAAAACAUAAUCACAUUAUUAUAAAAUCUUAAGUCAAAUGGCCUAAACUAAUGUGUAAUUAGUGUAAAAUAUCUUAUGCUAAUAAAACUAAACAUAUAA